UAUUGGACAUAUGCAUCCUGGAUGGACCACGAUCACUAUAGGCAUAUGAAAAAUAAAUUUAUCCUCGGGAGCGAUGGGGACAUAACCGUCAAGGAGGCAGGGCUUUACUACAUAUAUAGCCAGGUGCUGUAUUACGAUACUUUCCCCUUCAUGGGGCAUUCCAUAUUUGUUCAAGGAGAAGCUUUUCUGAAGUGUUCUGAAUCAACUGUUAGUGACGAUAGAAAGUUUAAUACAUGUUUCAUUGGCGGUAUUGCUUACUUGGAAGCAGAUUCUAUAGUAGCUGUUAGGAUGGCUUACAAGGAGCGUUUAAUUCAACUUAGCCCCAAAACAACUUAUGUAGGCUUCAUAAAACUCGCAUAGGAACUCGUUCUUCUAACAAGUUAAUGAAGAAGAUGCUUGUACGCCACUUCAGUGUAUACUUGUACAGCCAGUUUUAUCGCAACCAAUUACCCCUGAUUAAAUAAAUACCUUUCAGCUUUUAUCUUGGUGAAUUAUCUAGACCAAGUAGAUAUGCAGGGUUGUUUUAUUGAUGGUUAUUGCGAAUGUUCAC